GGUUCGUGGAAGAGCAGAAUGUUUUGACUUUUGAGUUGGGGCCAUAGGACUGUUAGACUGUAAGCCUGUAGUCACUUGAGAGAAGAGGAUUCUUAAACCCAUUAAAAAGAUCGAAGUUUAACGGCUGACGUGGCUUUACAAGAGAGGAAUUCGAUCAUCAGAUCAUAUGGGUCGUUAGGCAGGAUCAAAGUUGUGAUUCGUGAGCAGUCUUCUUACAUGCAAAUUUGCAAAAGCAACUCCACUGUGGCUAGCAUUCGACACUUUGACCUCCUCCCGCUUUCGUCACAUCUCAACUCCUCUUCUCUUUCUUACCAAAAAAAUAAUUGCACCCCUUCUUUCGAAUCAUCGGUCAUCUCUUGUUUUUUUUUAUUUCCUUUGUCAUUCCUUAAUUCUUCUCCUCUUCAAGUUUUCUCCCUUCCCUCCAUGGAAGUCUCCUCAUCUCAUCAGAAACCAGAUGCAUCUGAGGCUGAAAAUGGUAACGAUCUUCGGGUGCCUGUCUUCUCCUCCUCUGACGAGGUGCUUCAAAGACUACAGGGGAAAUGGAAAUCAGGAAAGAAGCAACCAUAUCCAGUAAUGUAUUCUAGCAUUUUUGGUGGAAUUACACUUGAUCCAGCACUGAUGGUUAUUCCAAUUGAUGAUCACAUGGUUCACAGAGGACAUGGUGUUUUUGAUACAUCCAUGAUUCUUGAUGGAUGCUUAUAUGAGUUGGAUCAUCAUCUGGAUCGGUUUCUGAGAUCAGCAUCAAAAGCAAAAAUUUCUCCUCCCUUUCCUCGAUCAGAUCUAAGAAGCAUUCUUGUGCAACUGAUAGCAGUGUCACAGUGCAGAAAAGGCUCUCUGAGAUACUGGUUGAGUGCAGGCCCAGGGAAUUUCUUGUUGUCACCUUCUGGCUGCCCAACAUCUGCAUUCUAUGCAGUUGUAAUUGAUGAAGACUAUUCUCAGUGCAAAGAAGGGGUGAAGGUGAUAACAUCGACUAUACCAAUGAAGUCACCACUAUUCGCCACAAUGAAGAAUGUGAAUUACCUCCCAAAUGUCCUCUCAAUGAUGGAAGCAGAGGAGAAGGGAGCAUUUGCUUCUAUCUGGGUGGAUGAGCAAGGUUAUAUUGCUGAGGGACCAAAUGUGAAUGUGGCCAUUAUAAGCCAGAACAAGGAGCUCAAGUUACCCUCAUUCAAUAAGGUCCUUAGUGGGUGCACCGCUAAAAGGCUUCUUGCCCUGGCACCCAAAUUGGUUGAGCAGGGCCUUCUAAAAGGUGUCAGGACUGCAGAUAUACCAGUGGAAGAAGCCAGAAGUGCAGCUGAGAUGAUGUUUGUGGAAAGUGGUCUCCCCAUACUACCAAUCAUCAUGUGGGAUGAGCGACCCAUAGGAGAUGGAAAGGUUGGAGAGCUGACUCUUGCACUCUCUGAUCUGCUUUGGGAGGAUAUGUUAGCAGGUCCAGAGACACAGAGGCUACGCAUUUCUUAUGUGUAGAGGAAACAUAAAAAGAUUAAGAUGAAGGAAACAGUGCUUUCUCUAUAAUGUUCAUGUCCAUUGUUGAUGUUUUCUUGAUCAAAAUUACUUCAUCUUAGAUCAUUUUGGCCUUUGUCCUCUUAAAUGUCUUUUUUCUUUUCUGAUAGCCAAUGAUGAUAAGUCUGAGCCAAUCUUGGUUGUUGACAUUUUAUGUUGAUCUUGUUAAAUGAUAUCUUAUAAUUUGCAAUUUAGGUAAAACUGUCAUGUUCAUAUUUCA